UUGCAGGAAAAUGCUCCAGUUACUGGGUCGAGUAUUUGUAAGAUGGCCUGCUAUACAACGGACACAGCUGCUACAGCAUGCUGGAAGAAGUUUGGCUGCGCAAGGCCAAAAGACAGUUGAAGAAAUUAGCGAUGAUAGUGCGAAUUUCUCUACAGAUGCUGAAGAUUUUGGAGGAACAGAAGCUGAUGUAGAUCCCAGGGCACGUUAUAAUUUUGAUGAAAAUCAUAUCGAAGUGACUGGCAUUGUUCGAGGACCACCGAGAGUAUACACGAUGCCUACUGGCCGGCAGUAUGCCAUUGUAAAGAUGUCAACAACAAGUGUUGAUCGCCGAGGUUCUGGACGAUUUGUCUCCUUUGUCGAUGUUUUUGCGCCUAAUAAUAUAGUCGAUUAUAUCAAAGAUCACGUACGUGAAGGAAUACAAGUAUACGUAAGUGGUCAGCUUCGAAGUAGGCUGCGAACGGAUGAAGAUGGGCGAUCAUUCCAGGAUGUACGAGUUCAAGCUAAUGGGCUUUUCAAGAUCGUUGAUCCGAAGCAUGUCACUGAAGAGAAUAGUGCAACUGGCAGGGAUAUGGCUGGUGUGAACUCAGAAACGAAACAAACUACUUCAUAAAAUGUUGUGAAAACGCGUCAGCUGCAUGCAAACUUUUUUAUGUGUUUUUUAAGUGUCUUUGUGCAUGGUUUGUAUUUCUGUGAACAUUUCUUAUUGUUUGUUUUAGUUAUUUUUCUAUACGCAAUUUAUUUUCAAAAAUAAUAAAAACAAUUCCAGAGUAC